UGAGAUCGGGCGGCGUGUUUCUCAUUAUGCUCGUCGACGACAGACGCACGGAGCGCACGGACCCAGCUUCACCCGGCGAGUGGCCGAAAAAAGGCGUUAAAACAGCUCGCGCUUCAAACCCCAUUUGGCAGAGCUGAGGCUGACUUAAGUGAAGACAAAACCAUAAGCACAUCGUGAUAAGUGUGAACAGGCUAGAUGAUCGGAGCAGACAACCAUAAUGGGGGCUACGGCUUCUUGGCCAAUUCAAAGUUCUCCUCUCCCUCCCCCCCCUCCUGAGCCAACAGCCACUCCUUGGCCCCCCCAGGGAUCAUCAGAACCGUUGCUCUGGGUUAGUGUCGUCGUUCAUACCCGUCUCAAGAUGUCGAUAUAUGCUCCCCACGUUCUCCCGGCUUGCCGACCCUCAAGAAUCAAGCAUACGCCACAUGUAGGUUCAUUCCAUGUUUGUUCGUCACUGCUUCUUCGACUUACGGCACCAGUGUUGGACGUUGCGUUGACCUCUCUGCAAUCAUUUGCCAUUCGAUCUGCUUGGAGCCCAUGAACCGUUGGUCUACUAGCAUUGCAUAGAGCGGCACUGUACAACAGUUGUUUACGUCACCUUUCCUGACUCGCUGAAGGGUACAUUUCUGUCACACUGCUAU